CUGUCGGUGGGAAUAUCCCCGCCGUCAUUGUCACGGACCUGGGGGGCCCGGAGGAGGAGGUGGGUGCCGUGCCCCCCGGCAGCCUGCCCGUCCGGAAGCUGUCGUCGUCCUCAGCCUCUUCCACCUGGGAGGAGUCCGAGGAGGACAUCUCCAGUGACCCUGAGCGCACUAUGGACCAGACACCAGCCUUCCUGCAGACCCUGGACCAGCAGAAGCCCCGAGUGAGCAAAUCAUGGCGGAAGAUCAAGAAUAUGGUGCACUGGUCCCCAUUUGUGAUGUCUUUCAAGAAGAAGUACCCUUGGAUCCAGCUAGCGGGACACGCAGGUAGUUUCAAGGCAGCGGCCAACGGCAGGAUACUGAAAAAGCACUGUGAAUCGGAGCAGCGCUGCCUCGACCGCCUGAUGAACGAUGUCCUGAAGCCCUAUGUUCCUGCCUACCACGGUGACGUCGUGAAGGAUGGGGAGCGAUACAACCAGAUGGAAGAUCUGCUGGCUGAAUUUGACUCCCCCUGUGUUAUGGACUGCAAAAUGGGAGUCAGGACAUACUUGGAGGAGGAGCUGAUAAAGGCCCGGAAGAAGCCAAGCCUGAGGAAGGACAUGUACCAGAAGAUGAUUGAGGUGGACCCUGAUGCCCCCACCGAGGAGGAGAACGUGCUGCGGGCAGUAACCAAACCCCGCUACAUGCAGUGGAGGGAGACCAUCAGCUCGACCGCCACACUGGGCUUCAGGAUCGAGGGGAUAAAGAAAGAGGAUGGCACUGUGAACCGGGACUUCAAAAAGACACGGACAAAGGAACAAGUCACGGAGGCCUUCAGGGAGUUCACUAGAGGAAACCGCAACGUUUUGAACAGUUACCUUAACCGGUUGAAGGGUAUUCGCGCUACCCUGGAGACAUCCCCGUUCUUCAAAUGCCAUGAG